UCUGUAAACAUAUAGGCGAAGCAGACCAGCAAGAUUGGUUGGUUUCGAGCAGUUUUUUUUCAAUGCAUUUUCCAUUCCAUUAAUAUUUGCUUGUUAAUGCUUAUUAAAAUGAAUAACUGUGCCUCAGGACUUUGUCAAAAUUGUUGGCAAACGAUUUAAUGAAUAUGGCUAUAAAAACAGCUGUAGCCUAUUGCUUUUGUUGUUUUUAAUGUUGAACUGUUUGGAAAAGACCAAAAUAUAAAUUAUUAAUAGCCUAGGCCUAUCUUUAAUAUUGAUAUAACAAUGACAAUUGCUAUUUUAAUAAUGUGCCCCGUGUUUUAAAGAGAAAAACACAACGAUCCAGUCCCCCCAACCAAGAAAAGAAACUGAUCAGAAAAACAACUUGAGACUGCCCGUAUAAAUAGGGAAGUAUGCGCUCUCUGAGCCUCAUUCUAGACACCUUUACCCUGUGUAUAUCAAAGCAAAUUGGUUUUGCAGCAAUGUUUAUGCAAUUUUGUUUGAAGAACGUCCACAGUUUCUUAGCAGCCCUGUGGGGAUGGAUUUAUAUGCUCGUGUCUGGCACGCAGGUGCAACAAACCCCUGUCGGAAACAUCAGUCGCCCGGAGACCAGCACCAAAGAGCAGAAAGAGGGCUCCAGCAAUCAGCUGACUACUCCAAGCAGUGUAAACUACCACUUUACCCGGCAGUGCAAUUACAAAUGCGGAUUUUGCUUCCACACUGCAAAGACCUCUUUCGUCUUGCCCAUUGAAGAGGCAAAGCGAGGCUUACGACUUCUGAAAGAAGCAGGAAUGGAAAAAGUCAACUUUUCUGGUGGAGAGCCCUUCCUUCACGAGAGAGGUCAUUUUCUGGGAGAGCUGGUGCGAUACUGCAAACAGGAGCUGCAGCUGCCCAGCGUCAGCAUCGUGAGCAACGGCAGUCUGAUCACAGAAACCUGGUUCCAGAAAUACGGUGACUACUUGGACAUCCUGGCAGUGUCUUGUGACAGUUUUAACGAGGACACCAAUAAAGUCAUAGGUCGAGGUCAGGGCAGAAAGAGUCAUCUGGACAAACUGCAUCGAGUUCAUAACUGGUGCCGGGACUAUAAGGUGGCUUUCAAAAUCAACUCGGUUAUCAACACCUUCAAUGUGGAUGAAGAUAUGACGGAGCAGAUCACUGCUCUGAACCCAGUGCGCUGGAAGGUCUUCCAGUGUCUGAUAAUUGAAGGUGAAAACGCUGGGCAGAACAGUCUCCGUGAGGCAGAGAAAUUCGUCAUUAGCGAUCAACAAUUCCAAGACUUCCUGGACCGCCAUCAGAGCGUUAAGUGUCUGGUUCCAGAGUCUAAUCAAAAGAUGAGAGACUCUUACCUGAUUCUUGAUGAAUAUAUGCGCUUCUUGGAUUGCCGAGAGGGGAGGAAGGAUCCGUCAAAGUCCAUUCUGGAUGUUGGUGUGGAAGAGGCCAUCAAGUUUAGUGGUUUUGAUGAGAAGAUGUUCCUCACAAGAGGGGGGAAAUAUAUGUGGAGCAAAGCAGAUAUGAAAUUGGAGUGGUGAACUGUUUUGAUAUUGCUCUUUUUAGUCUGUGUUUACAUUGAGACCCAUUUAAUUUAUAUGGUAAUAAACAAGUGUACAGAAUAGUUACAGAAGUUACAAACACGGCUCAAAAAGCUGGUUGAAAUCACUGGUGCAUAUUAUGUAUGUGUUUUCACUAUCUUUAAGAGAUUCUACUUCACUGAAAUACUUAUACUAUAUAUGUGUACAUAGAUAGAUAGAUAGAUAGAUAGAUAGAUAGAUAGAUAGAUAGAUAGAUAGAUAGAUAGAUAGAUAGAUAGAUAGAUAGAUAGAUAGAUAGAUAGAUAGAUAAGAUUUUGUAUAUGUAAUUUGUAUAAUGUUUUGCUUCUUUUUUAUCUGAAAUAUUUGCAUAACCAGAAGUAUGUUGUUAAAUUUGACUGUGGUAUGAUUGUCUUUAUCUUGACAUUCUUAUUAGUAAUUGUUUUAUGUGAUCUUUGAAGACGAUUAUUGAUAAAGUAUGAGCUUGCAGAGCUUGAUUAACUGCACUUUAAAAGCAUGAAAGCACUUUUAAUUAGAAUUAAGACUUCAGUACAGUAAUUGCCAUAGUGUAGAAUUGACCAAUCAUUUGUUGCUCCUCAGAUUGCAAUAUUGGAAGACUUACAAAAGACUAAUUUCUCCGGUGACCCCAUUAUAAAUGUGGGACUUGCAUUAUACUGAAGGUCAUUGUGGCACACUGAAAAUGAAAUCUAUAGGGGGAAAAAGAUUUCUCAAGAAUCUUUCCAUUUUAAAGUGAAAUGUAACUUCAUAUUAUAUUGCAUUGCUUUAUUU